CAAGUCCUCAAUCGUCGCCUUCUUCUUCUUCUUCCGUCGCACCCACCGGAAUACGAACAGGUGAGAUCUCUCUAUCAUUUUCUGCUUCUUGAAGCCCCUAACGUCCAUUGAGGCCGCUCGUUUAGUUGCAGAUGCUUAAUUACACUGAAGCUGCUAGUCCCUUUCGUGUGUGAAGCUCGAUCUUAAUUGUGUAUAUGAUUUACUGUUUGAUCUGAUGAAAGUUAUUUAAUGUGAAAUUCGCUUCUUCAGAUCAUUAUGAUUACCAACUCUGGGUAACUGGGUAUUGCUAUAUUUUGUUUUGGUUUUCAUUUGAUUUAAUGUGUGAUUUCUUAGUUGUUAACGGUGAAUGAGUCGUACCGAAUCGUUCAAUUGAAAAGUAGACUCUCUGCUGCAUUCGUAGCCUUACCAUUUCGAUACAUUAAAUAACAACAGAAAGGGAAGCAGCAUGAUAUGAUAUUUGUUGGAACACUUGCCAGUUUGAUUACAAUAGGUAGUUUAUUGCUGGCAUUGUGUAUCGGCACCGUGCAAUUUCAAAACUUAAUAAUCUAUGGCAAGAGACUGUUAAACUUGGAAUUGCACCGUGCCGAUACAUAUAGCUAAGUGUGUUAAUAAGUAUCCAAGUUUAUUAGUAUUUUGCUGCAAGAGACUGUUAAACUUGGAUAUUUAUUAAAUGGACAGGGUGCUUAAGUCUUAGACAGCCUUGUCUGUGAGUGCUUGAAUGAAGCGCAAGAAAUGGUCGGAGCUCGAAGAACAGACCCUUCUCGCAAGUAUUCUGAGCUUCUCAGCUCUGGAGCUCUAGCCAAGCUCAAAACCCGUGAGAAAAAAUUCAAGCCCAUAGCAGAGCAUGUGAACCUAGUGCACAACCUUGACAACCCUGUGACCUUUCCUUUCAAAUGGUCAUGGCGCGACGUGUCGAUCAAGGUUCAAAACAUGCGCCACCAGUACCUUGGAGUCAAGCAGAAGAUCCGGGAUCCAAGGACGAGUUCAACUGGAAGGAUGGUGAAAAUUCUCCACAAGGACGUGUUUGGUGAUGUGGAGCUUGAUGGUAAGGGCAAGAGGCCGUGUGAAAAUGACAACUUUGAUGUUUUUGGGGAUUGUGGGGACUUGGGGUUUGGGAUUGACUGUGCUGACACAGAAGAAGAAGAUGAUGAUGAUGAAGAUGAACAUUUGGAAGAAGAAGAUGGUACUGGUGGUGAUGAUGAUCGUGGCCAGGAAUUGGGUAAAAGUAAAGUUGGUGAGUUUGGGGGUGAUAGAGAAAUUGCGGACAUGGGAAUGGCUCAAAGAAGGAAAUUGAGUAAGGUUGGAUUGCGUAGGAGGUUAGGGGUGAUGAGUGCUCAGGUGUUGGACUUGCAGGAUAUGGUUGUGAAGAGAGAAGAGGGGAGGAGAGACAGGGCGUGUAGGAGAGAGAAAGAUGAAGCUGAGAGGGAGGAUAGGAGGAAAGAAAGUGAGUUUAGGAGAGAGAAGAGGAGGAAUGAGCUGAAGGACUUGUUAGAAGAUAGAGAAUUGGAAUUGCAAGAGAGAGAGGUCAUGUGGACAAGAAGGGAAUUUGAGAAAAGGUCAAGGUUACAGGGGAAAUUUGAUGAGCGUCAGAGGAGGAUGAGGAUGGAAGAAAGGAGGGGGGUGGAGGAGUUGGAGUGGCGGGAGAGGAUGGUAGGUUUGCAAAUUCAGCAUGAGAAGCAAAUGAUGCAAAUGCAUGCUGAGGCAUGCCAGAACCAAAUGCAGAUUCUUGGGGUCAUGGCUAGGUUUGUUUGUCAAUUUUUCGGCUCAAUGAAUGAUGGCCUUGGAGGUGGUUUAGGGACUCUGCCACCUCAAAUUUUGCAGAAUUUGCAGCAUUCAGGCGGACUAGGUGACAAUGGAAAGCCAGAUUCCAAUUCGCCUUCUGAGUUUCUCUAGACUGUAAUUUAAACUCAUUGGUACAUAGUAUACAUGCUUCUGAUUUUGGAUCAUAUGAAUAUUAGGAACUCUACUUUUUAUCACAUUCAAUAUGUUUGUACUAUGAAUCUAUGAUGAUUGAGAACAACUUUUCAAACCUAUUUAUCGUAGCGACUAUUAAGUCCUCAAUGGUGAAUAAGUGUUUCUUGUGUUA